CCCGAUGACCCUUUCCUGGUUCCUUUCUGCUUUAUGUGUGCCCUUGGAGCGGGGCAACGAGAGCGCUAAGAUUUCCUUCGAUCUCCGCUUUAAUGCCACGUGUCUCGACUUCCAGGUAAUGAACGUCAUCCCAAUCGCGAGUGGCUUGCCAAUCAAUCCUUCAGAGGCACUGCGCGGCUCAUUUGCGUCGCGGACAGCUGGGACAGUAUGCAAUAAUGAGCAUACAAGUGGACUGUCUUCGUGGUACCUGACUCUCCUUUCAGGCUCCGAUCAUCGAUGCUUCAAUCUCAUAUCUCUGGCAGACGUUGGACGCAUCUCUAGGAGCUGGCGUAGCUUUUUGCAUCGCGAGGCCUGAAUUCAAUCUUGGAAGUCCCCUCGUGCAAAUAGGCUACCUCCAAGCGGCUUCUGCAGCUAGUAAUUGAGGGGUAAUUUUCGAGAAGUGGGCGGGGGAGCUGAGCUGCCUACUUCGACUACUAAUAAUGAUAGAAGCU